AUGCAGAGCCUGUCUUUCCACCCGACCUUACUCCAUUCCACGCCAUUCGGGCGGGAUAUAGAGGCAGAAAACGGCCCGGCCAGGCUUCACUCAAAGCCCAGUCCCUGCAGGCCUGACGAGCAGAGCUACCCAUCCCCUCCCAUGUCAGAUUCUCAUUCUCCCUCUCGUCGAUUAGCACAGAACCUCCAAUCCGAUCGCCAGCAGUACCCACAGCCAGGAAGUGCUCCUCGAAUGGCUGAGGCAGGUCUGGCUUUACCGCCUCCUUCGUCCAUGAUCUUCGAUCCUCGGUCAUCGUUUCCAGCCUCGGACCACCAGUCGCUACGUCCACUAUAUCAUGACGAACAUCAGUCUAGAGGGCACUUACUUCACUACCAGCCUGGGCGGGUAGUUGAGCCCCAGUCCUACGGUGGUGCACGGAUUCCGCAAAACUAUGCGUAUGGGUAUCCAACCCCCGGCGUACCUUCGUACGUCGGGCCCCAGCACCCAGGUGUCCAUGUACAGCCAGCGGCGAUGAUAGCACCACCGCCCAACAGGCCCAACAAACCCGCAAGGAGAACAAAGGCCCAUGUCGCGUCAGCCUGCGUCAACUGCAAGAAGGCACAUCUUAGCUGCGAUGUUCAGCGCCCUUGUGGCCGUUGCGUAGCCUCUGGCAAACAGGAUACGUGCAAAGACGUGCAACACAAAAAGAGAGGAAGACCGCGACUCAGGGACGACAGAGAAUUUGCUAGACCAGAGCAGGGGAGGCAAGCAUCCAGCCAACUCUUGGGCGUUGUGCCUGCGUUGGCAUCAGAAGCUUUCACUCACCAAACUCCAUACUCAACUCUACAUUCGCACCGCGCGUCUGACCUACCUCGAACACUUGUGGGGAUCACACAAGAAGAUAGCAACAUCUCGAACAUUCGGCCCCCACCAUCACUAAGUUCAGGAGGAAGUCUUUCGAACAGCGUCAGUAGUUAUAGUGGGGUGUCGUCGACUCCAUACUCAACGGGACCGAAUCUGGCGUACCAGUCAUCGCCUGUUGCCUUUCUGAAUCUGGAUCUCGUCAUUCAAAAAUCGAAUCAAGCAUUCCAGGACUUGGUUUCCUUUUUGGGAGAUGUUCAGGGCAAAAACUUAGGAGACCUGGUUGAGCCUAGGCAGAAUGAAGUAUUGCAGCUUCUGCGCAACAAGCUGCGGGACGAACGAGACGAACGCGAGCCAGCGUAUAUGGCGCCCAUAACUCCGGUUGGGCAAGAUCCGAUGCGAUCGGUCAUGGAAUCUGUGGAGGAUCGAGAUGUCGAACGUGUAAGCCAAGGCUUCACAGACAGACCGAUUGCGCUUCAUUUCCGUCUUCGUACCGGCCAAUACCAGUCUUUCCAGACCCAUGUUCGACUGGCGAAAACGUCGCUCUACUUUGCGACCUUGGUUGUGCGUACACCACCAAGGUCCGUCGGUCCUCCUCUUCUAACCCAUCACAUUCCUCCGACGCCUGCUCGCGGCUCCAUGUCGGCGCCAACAACAGCUCCCCCAAGAGACUACACUCCUCAGCAAAUCCGGCCCCCAUCCUCAGCUAGUUCCACAUCCGCAUCGCCAUACCUGAGCUUUUCAUCCGUCCGCACCUCUCUUCCAGCAUUCAGUCCGAGCUCUUACGGCAGCAGUCCGUCAUACAACUACUCCCCCGGCGGCGGCCCAGAGCAGAGCUACUUUCCAACAAUGCAACCGCCCUCACAACCAGGCGCAUACCCCACCGCGUACCCACCAGCCUCCCAGCCUCGAACCCAGUCCGUCACGUCCGAAUCGCUCCGCCAACUCAACCGCCCAGCCCGCCUCGAGAGCCUGCAACUCCCUCCUAUCCGAACAGGUGCCGCGCCUCUAGGAUCGCCGCUGCACCUCGAGUCUAGCCACAGCGCUGCGGAAGGCGAGCAGACGCGCGUGCGACCGCGCGAGUCCCCUCCGGCCGUUGAGUCGCGGCCCGCCUCGCCCGACGCUCAUAAACGCCGGCGCCUGAAUAUCCACGAGGUGCUUGAGUAG